AUGAUCAAGUCAGUAUCAUUUAGACAAGAUAAUGUGGAGCUACCACCGCCCGGGCAGUAUGCCACUGGAAUUCUAUUUCUUCAUGAGGAUUCCUAUGCACAAGCGAAGGAAGCGUUUGCUGAUUUGGCUCGUGCAUGUAAUGUUCGUGUCAUCACCUGGCGAAAGUUAGGCACGAAUCGCGACUCUCUUGGAGCCGAGGCCAGAAAGACGGAGCCGUUGAUGCGCCAGGUACAUCAAAUUCGAUUUUUUUGAUC